AGAACCUUACCAUAUUUGAUGUCUCCACGAAUAAAAUAUCUUUCAGUCUACAAAGACUUUACUGUUAUAUUGGUUCAGUCCAUAGCCCACAAACUAAGGUGCAGAAAUGAUGAAAGUGAAACUAAGAACUUUUUGAAACUAAUGAUCUGCAAGAACCGGCAGCACAGGAAAGACAAUCUUCUGUUUUAAUAAUGGGAAUCUUAAGUCUGUCCGCCCUUGUGAUGUCUUCCAUUUUAUAUUCAGGUGCUUUGGAAUUGGAGAUAUUUUCCUCUCCACUGGAAGUUUCAGUAAAUGAAGAUGUUCUUCUAAAAUGCAUAUACAGUAAACCAGAACAUGAUCUCAGCCAUGUAGCUGUUCAAUGGUCUUAUAAAUCUCAAACAUCUCAGAAGGAACUGUAUAUAUUUAAUGGAGGGAAUCAUCAACCUAACAGAAGAGGUGCACAGAUUUUUGAAGAUGCAUUACAGAAUGGAAAUGCUUCACUUUACCUCCCGAAAGUACAACUUAAUGAAGAAGGAAAUUAUACCUGCACUGUUUAUCUCACCCCAAAUAAAGUUGAAAAGACUUCAAAGAUGCUUGUUUCAGUCAAACCAAAAGUCAAUGUAUUUAUGCAAAAAGAGGAGAACUUUGCAAUAUGUGAAGUAAAGGAAUUUUAUCCAAAGGAAAUUACAGUCAGUUGGUUAAAAGUACUAAAUGAAAAAGUGGAAGUUAUUUCAAAAAAUCAGUCUAUUGAUGAUAUCGUUAUGGACAAAAGUGGGACAUUUAGUCUUACCACUAAAGUAAGAGUAGAAUCGAUGGUGAGUAGUUCUGCCAAGUACAUCUGUACAGUGAAGCACAAAGAGUUCCAUGGAAAUUUUACACUGGCAAGCAACAUGGCUAAAGAACAAGAACAAAGUAAGCUGACUGGUGGAAUUAUCUUUGGCAUUAUCAUGCUACUUUGUGUUCUGGGUUUUGGAAUUUGUAUCUGGAAGAAAAAAUCUAAAGCAUCUGUAGAUACCAGUAAGUGUGAAUCAAUGGAAAGAGGAGAUCAAAACUGCGAACUGCUUUUGACCAGUCAGGAUCCCCAACUUCCAAUAGAGGACACCCAGGCAAAGCCUGAUGAACAUAAAAGAGAAGAAGAGGAGCCGAAUAAUCAGGAUUCCGGAGAAAAUGAAGAUCAGAAUGCAAAAAGCACAGUAGGAAAACCAGCCAAAGAUACAGUGGGCACCCGGGAAAAGCCUGAUGAACGUAAAAGAAAAGAAGAGGAUUCGACUAACCAGGAUUCAGGAAAAAAUGAAGAUCCGCAUGCAAAAAGCACAGUAGGAAAAGCAGCCAAAGAUGCAGUGGGCACCCGGGAAAAGCCUGAUGAACGUAAAAGAAAAGAAGAGGAUUCGACUAACCAGGAUUCAGGAAAAAAUGAAGAUCCGCAUGCAAAAAGCACAGUAGGAAAAACAGCCAAAGAUGCAGCUCCUACAAUUAGUGAUAUAGCAAAUCCCUUUCAACUCUGGCAUGGUAAAACUGCCUACCUGAAUUGGAAUGUUACCAUUCCCACUGGAGUUCCAAUGGAAAUUAAAAUAUUCCUGAAGAGAAAAAUAAAGGAAGAAACAGAGAAAAAACAACUAUUUCACUGGAAAUUGUUAGCAGAACAACUACAUGGACCACAAAAAGUGACUGCACCUCUGAAAGAUAUACGUGAUCCAUGCGAGGAAGAUAAUUUCUUCACUGCUGAUGUACCAGAUUUACAACGCGCAAACGAGGGGGGUUUUCACAUACCCUGCAGUAUUAAAGUGCAGCCUGAUAUAUCCACAGAUAAUGGGACUGAGUUAAUCAUUGAAAUUUAUCCGGACUCUUUGGAGAAAGUCUGUACUUCAACAGUACUUCAAGUUACAUCAGAUCCAAAUGCAAAAAGCACAGGAGGAAAAACAGCCAAAGAUGCAGAGGAAACCCAGCCAAAGCCUGAUGAAGAUAAAGGAGAGCAGCAGGAGCUGCCUAAUCAGGAUUCAGGAGAAAAUAAAGAGGAAACCCAGCCAAAGCCUGAUGAAGAUAAAGGAGAGCAGCAGGAGCUGCCUGAUCAGGAUUCAGAAGAAAAUAAAGAGGAAACCCAGCCAAAACCUGAUGACGAUAAAGGAGAGCAGCAGGAGCCGCCUAAUCAGGAUUCAGGAGAAAAUAAAGUGGAUACCCAGGCAAAUCCUGAUGAAGAUAAAAGCGAACAGGAGGAGAAGCCUAAUCAGGUUUCAGGAGAAAACAAAGUGGAUACCCAGGCAAAUCCUGAUGAAGAUAAAAGCGAACAGGAGGAGAAGCCUAAUCAGGUUUCAGGAGAAAACAAAGAGGAAACCCAGCCAAAACCUGAUGACGAUAAAGGAGAGCAGCAGGAGCCGCCUAAUCAGGAUUCAGGAGAAAAUAAAGUGGAUACCCAGGCAAAUCCUGAUGAAGAUAAAAGCGAACAGGAGGAGAAGCCUAAUCAGGUUUCAGGAGAAAACAAAGAUCCGAAUGCACAAAGCACAAUAAGAAAACCAGCCAAUGCUGCAGAUGCUGUAUUGAAGUAAGAAUGAGAUUUCUCUGACGAUUAGGAAAGUAAGAGGAAGGUCGCAUGUAUGGAGCAAAAUAUUUACCUUCAUCUGGGAUUAUUCCACCCCUUAAAUUUUCGCAACCAUCCUGCUGACUCC